AUGCGCCCCGAUAUUGUCUUCCUGGGUGGCAGCCUCCUGCUGCUGGGAGCUACUGCCUCCCCAAUCCCGUCCCGCUCUCCCUCCCCUCUCCCGCCUGACGACUUCGUCCCCAGCAACAAUCCCACCUCCAUUCUAUCUGAAGGCCCGGCCGAUCUCAAUCUCUUCGAGCGCGGUGGCCCCAAGAUUACCGGUGCCGUGUGUCACGAUCAUCGCUUCACUACGAAGAAUGUCAAGGACGCCAUCAAGAAGGCCAAGGAGGUGCACGAGGAGAAGAAGAAAGAUCACGGUGACGAGCACGAGGAAUACGGGGAAUACCCCAUGCCCUUGGACAAACACACCAGCGGUAUGUUCAAAGACUCAAAGAACAAGAUGCUUUACCCCCUGGAAGAGAACGGCGCAUUCGACGGCAAGGGCGAGUACAAGGGCAAGGUGUUUGUGGUGGUGGAUAAACACUUCAAGUAUCAGGCUGUGGUGCAGUAUAAUGACGACCAUGCCUACAAGUGCUCUCCUGCUGAGGACAAGUGCCAAGAUCGCGAUCAAGGCCAGAAAGAGGGCGACGAGAGCUACGAAUGGCCCAAGGCCCUGGACCCUCGUGCUACUCACCUGUAUAAGAACGGGGACAAGAUGCAAAUGAUUCCGCUAAGUAAAGGCGGCGCGCAUGGCGGUAAGAGCAAGGAGGCAGGACCGGAAUUGGCCGUGCUGAACAAGGAUCAGCAUUGCAAGGGAGCGGUGCGUCUUUACGACAAGCACGGGCAGGAUGAGGGCCAUGGCACCUUGUGCUUUGCGCAGCAUCACAAGAAGAAGGUGGACAAGAACGAACAGGCCGCUGCUGCUGCUGUCGCCGUUGGGAGAGCCUCUCAUUCUCUGUUGAAGUAUUACGACGACUAUCCCUCGGUUUGCCCUUACUUGGGUUCUUUUCCGUGGAGUUCUUCUGGGCACUGCUCGCUCUUUUCUCGAUGCAUUCUCUGGUCUUGCUGA